AUGAGCGUAACGAGCAGCAUCAAGUCACGUGCCAGCGUGGCAACAGUUCCGGACGCGAGUUUCACGAUGGUGGUGGCAUUAGACGUCGGUACCGCUUAUUCCGGUUACGCGUAUGCUUACAGGAAAGAGAUGGACGAAAUCAUGGACAAUGUGAUCGUCAACAACCCUUGGACGAGCGCCGACAAGGCGACCACAACCUACAAGACCCCCACCCAACUCUUGCUAAACGAGAAACGCGAGUUUGAGGCGUUUGGGUAUGAAGCCCAGAAGAGGUACGCGGAGUUGCACCAACAAGGGCGCCAUGAGAGAUGCUUCUAUUUUAAAAAGUUUCGGUCUAAAAUCGCGUCCGGGCAGGUUAUAAAAUCAUCCCAAACAAUAAAAGACGAAACCGGGAAAUCUGUUCCAGCUAUGCGUAUAUUUGCAAUCACCUUUCGAUACCUCAAAGGGCAUCUGUUGAACGCAUUGCGCAUGCGCGGAAAAGAGGUGACGACCGAGGAUAUUAAGUGGGUUGUCACAGUUCCCGCCAUGUGGAAUGACGUCAGCAAACAGUUCAUACGAAAAGCGGCCAUAGAGGCUGGGAUCCCCGGUGAGGCGCUUCGAUUGGCUCUCGAGUCUGAAGUGGCCUCGGUAUACUGUCAGAACAUGAAAGGCGUCGGAAAACUGCCCAUACACUCGCCGGGAUGCACAUACGUGGUUGCUGAUAUUGGAGGGGGCAUUACUGAUAUUGUGUUGCACCAAAAGCGUCCCGAUGGGCGUCUGAAGGAAAUGAACAAAGGCGGGGGCUGUUUGGUUGGUUCCGGUCAUGUGGAAAACUCAUUCCUUCAAUUCCUAGUGCGCAUAUUUGGGGCACCAGCUGUUCGCGAAUUUCUGGACGAAUGUCAGAUAGAAGUGAUUGAUAUACUGAAACAGUUCGAAAUGGCGAAAAAGGGAAUGAUCUCAGACCAGGCCAAGCUAUUGUCAAUUGGAAUCCCGGUGGGCCUUGAAAGAAUAUGCAGAAAGAAAAACAACGGUGAAGAUCUCUCGGCGAUAGUACAAAGAUCAAUGUACAGGGAUAAGGUAAAACUGGCGGAUAAUACUUUACACAUGGAUGCAACAAUUUGCAGGGAAUUCUUCAACUCGGCGUGUUUAGAAAUAGCCAAAAGUAUACGCAAUGUCCUCCUGGACCACAAUGCCAAGGAGUGUACCAUGUUAAUCCUUGUCGGUGGCAUGGCAUCAUCAACCAUCGUCCAGGAUAUAAUAAAACAAGAACUGGAAUCGAAAACGAAGAUCCAAAGAAUCAUUGUUCCACCUGAACCGGAAUUAGCCGUUCUCAAAGGCGCUGUUAUGUUCGGACACCAACCCAGAUGUAUCUUCCAAAGGGUGGUACGAUACACAUACGGACUUAGAAAAGCAAAAUUGUUUAAUCCCGAUAUUCAUCCUGAAGAUCGGUUAGUCACUUUGCAUGACAUUGACUUCAUCACGGACAUGUUUUGUCCUUUCAUUUCCGCCGGGUCCCGCGCACCAGUUGGUUUUAUGUCCUACGAUUCUCUGACCUCCAUUGAACCCUUUCAGAAAAUUAUUGAAAUCGAUGUCUAUUUCUCCACCGAACUAAAUCCAACCUACGUCACGGACAAGAACUGCUGGUUGCUAGGCAAAAUAGAAUACCAGGUACCGAACCCAUCAAAGGAAGAGCGGACAAUCUAUAUAGAAUUCAUAUUUGGAGAUACGGAAUUAUUCAUUAACAUUACGGAUAGAAAAACUGCAUCUAAAUUCAAAAACACCUUCCCUGAUAUAGAAAAAUGA